GCACACAGGUGAGGUCUCUCUUUGCGUGUAGACUGUCCUCCCCAUUGUCUCACUAUGGACCUGCCAUCUUUAUUGCUUUGUAUAUUGUUCGAAGUCCUGGCUGUGAACUGUCAAGAUGUGCCACAGGCACGUAUUGUUGGAGGAUACGCACCGGUUCCACAUUCAAUCAAGUACAUUGUGUCGAUACAGACAACAGAGCGUCGGCACUUUUGUGGAGGCUCCUUGAUAAAUAAAUACUGGGUAGUCACAGCAGCACACUGUAACGUUGGGGUAAAUAAAAUGAUGAUAGUGGCAGGGGACUACUCUCUGACCAUCUAUGAGGGCACAGAGCAAGAAAUCCUGCCUCAUCUUUUGGUUCCCCACCCCGAGUACAACAGCACCACCAACAACAAUGACAUUAUGCUUAUAAAGCUGAAGGCCCCGGUCUAUCUGAACGGAUACGUUUCCAUCGCUCUGCUGCCCAGGCAGGGCGCCACAAUAGCAGAGGGCAGAGUGUGUCGAGUGUCAGGCUGGGGUUACACCAACCCCAAAGGAGGCCAGAUCCCCUCCACCCUCCGCACUGUCAAGCUCCCCAUCGUCACCACAGAAAAAUGCAACAGCAGUACAUCCUUCAACGGCAGCAUCACAGAAAACAUGCUCUGUGCAGGUUACAGUGCAGGUGGAAAGGACGCCUGUCAGGGAGAUUCUGGGGGCCCGCUUGUAUGUGACGGCCGGGUCUACGGUGUGGUGUCCUGGGGGAAAGGAUGUGCUGAUGCCCAGUUUCCUGGAGUCUACACAACUGUGUCUAAGUAUCGCAGGUGGAUAGACAACACUGUAUUUAGCUACUACCGCAGGUGUAACAACAAUUAGCCCAGUGGUACAGAGAUUUAAAAAAAAAAAGAGAAGUGAAGACUUUCUUCAUUUGCAUUUCAGUUCUUUGAUCUGAUGUUAUUUUUAUAAUUUGUGUACAUUUGGUUAUAUGUUAAUGUAUUAAAGGAAUAGUUUGACAUUUUGGAAAAUGUGAUUUAUCGCCUUCUUGCUAAGAGUAGAAGAGAAGAUUUAUACCACUCGCAAGUCUGUAUGCUACAUUAAGCUCCAGCUAGCAGCCAGUUAGCUUAGCUUAGCAUAAAGCCUGGAAACCAGAGGAAAAAGCUCUGACCGAUAGUAACAAAAUCAGUUCCUCUAAAGUUCACUAAUUAACACCAAGCGGCAACCUCUGUGGCUGAGAAAUGAAGCCAACGCUGGAGUGCCAAAGACUACAGUUCCUCACAUGGCCACGUGAGGCUGGCUCCAAAAGCGAGUCGAUAUCCAUAACUUAAAUCAAUUAUUAUGAUCCAACUUCAAAGCAGAAAUAAACAUGUUUACAGCCUGGUAUAAACAGCAGUUUUGGUCUCUAAUUCGCUCAUGACAACCGUACAGUGGAUUAAUUACCCACCCGUUUUCAAAUUAAAGUUAUGCGUAAUUAAGAGCGUGGCUGCUGUGAGUGACAGGUGGGUGCUAUUACAGGUAGCUGAUUUCAGCAAAAAAGCGUCAUUUGGGCCGUCCCCCACGCUCUACAUCCUUGCCCAUUUUUGGAUUAGCAGCGGAGACGGAAGCUAAGUUGGCAACACCCAGAGUCAGCCACACUGCCCUUCACAACAGCUCUUCAGAGCACCUAUAUCACCUUUGAGUGACGUCACAGAGACUGCAUCCAUUUUACGUUGUGGUUUUACAGGGGUUAUGUGUAUUGUUGGUGCUAAGCUAAACUAACUUUUUCCAUGCUGCAGCUUCAUAUUGAACAGACAGAUAUGAGAGUGGCAUCUCCCCCUCUAACUCUCUACAAGAAAUUAAAAAGUGCUUAAUCCAAAAUGUCAAACUAUUCCUUUAAGUUUUAAAGCUUGAAUAUUUAUCAUGUCUGUUGUUGAUCUGUUGACAGCAUUUCAAAAACAAGUGAUAGAUAAUCCACCAACACCCUCUGGUAAAAACAAAAACAGGACAUAUUGACCAUUUCCACAACAUCAAGAAUGAGGUGCCAUAUAAUUGCUUAAAUUGCUUAAAAUCAGUGCUUUCAAAGCCUCAUUGAGAACUACUGGAAAUGCUGUAAAUAAGUGCAUGCACAAUAAAGCAGGUCUAACCGGUGCUACAACAUCAAACAUCACACCAGCAUUCAAUGCUUGUGAACAGCUGAUUGACACAGUGACAGCAACAACUGUACAAUAUAAUGUAAUCCAAUACAGUAGCUCUGCAAAAACACUACCUUUGUGAAGCUUGCAAUUUUUUGUUUUGUUAAGACUAGUACAGAAAUGAUUAGAAAACAACUAUUUUAAAUUUUUCUAGCAAAAUCAGCCAUCAUUUGAUGGGUACAGACUUUGCUGAACUGAAUAUGUUUUGGAUAUGAAUAUAUAACCUCAGGCUCGAGGAAAUCACGGUGGACAUUUUUUCAUUAUUUUACCGAUGUAACAAUUAAUCAGUUAAGAGAAUAAUCAUCAUCAAUCCACACAAUAAUAUGAAUUUAUAAUGAAAAUGUGUUUGUUGCAGAUUGCAGUGUUGGGUUGUUUGUGGGUUUGCUGCAUUGGAUUGCAAUAAACAAACAUCGAAUGGUAAAAUUCA